AUGGCUUACGGGCCCUUGUUCGUGCAAUGGCUCUUGAAUGCCGCAAACAUCGAUGGGCCUUCCUCUAAGAGUCCACCCCGAACAUACGAGAACUCCCCAAGACCCAACCCUCAAUAUUCAGAUGGCAGGGCCUUCAACAUGCGAGACAACACAACAGGUCUCAAUCUCGAUUUCAUGUCGUACGCCGCUUACGCACAAGUGGGAUUUGAUCCUACCGCCCUACUAGAUCCGGAAGUCUUGGCUAAAACAUCCUCAACUGUCUUCUCGACCUUCUUUCAACACUUUGUCAACAGCAAUCUUUCUCGCAAAUCUGGCGGUUAUGUCUACCAACCUAGAGGCAUGGAGCUCAAAAUCAACGCCCCGAUGGACGACAUGCCAAUACAGUACAUGCCCGACGGAUCCAUAGCGCCAAAGUUCGAAGACAUUGUCCGCAACACCAAUGCAACAACAACAGCGGAAUUAAUCACACAGGUCGAGGUUCUUCAGAUGAAUCUCGUCGCGUUCUGGAUCGCCACAAGCAUCCUAAUCUGGCUUAUCAUUACGAUCAUCAUCCUCGGAUCCGUGCAAAGAAAAUACUACGGCGGUAUGAUGCGCAACAUCGAAUGCAUUGCCGACGUGCUGGUUCUCAUCGCUGGAAGCGAACGUUUGCUUGAAGUUAUCAGAGAAAAGGGCUUCGAUGCUAUAGUCAAGGAGGACAAGAUGUUGACGCGUAUGGGAUGGUUUCGAGACGCUGAUGGAACCAUGCGAUGGCGGAUUGACUUGGUCGAGGAAAAGCAAGUUAAGGUGCAGCCCAUUCGUUUGGGCCCUGGGCAUGCGCCCGUAAUGAAUGGCGAUGGGGUGCGUGACGUAGAUGCUAUGUCGGAGCGUAGCGUCUCACCACCGGGUAGUAACGACGAAGGCCAUGUAAAUGCUGUGUCGGACGCUAGCGUCAUCAGGUCGGGAUGA